AUAGAUGCCGGCCAGAUAGCGAGCUCGAGAACAACGCAUGAAAACAGCCACUUGCCUUGACCUAUCUACUUCUGCCAAUGACAGUUGCCUCUAAGAGGAUUUAAAAAAUAACGGUGGAGCAAAAACAUAGGAAGGUUAGUAAUUGCCAGGAGGUUUAAUCCUUGAGCUGAGGGAGCGACGAUGGCAAGCUAUUUUGUGGUCAGAUUUUACCCAUUUGGAGAACAAUUUGCAGCGUGUGCAGAAGAGUCUUUUUUUUUUCCUCCUAACGACAGGAUGUGACAAUUGAGGGACAUAGUUGUGAGAGUUGGAAAUACACGGGAAAUAAAUGGCGUUCCAACUUCUGCUGUUCAUUGCUUUUGCAACAUAUUUGAUCGCGCCCGAGUUGACGGGGGCCACAGCCACCAAAACAAAAACUCAAGUGACCAACAACUCUGGCGUGACACCGUCAGGGCAGUGUGGGGCCUGGGUCAAGGAGCCCGAGGGAGGCCAUUUCACCUCACCCAACUACCCAGAGAAAUACCCACCAGAGAGGGAAUGCAUCUACAUUAUAGAAGCUUCUCCCCGCCAGUGCAUCGACUUGUUUUUUGAUGAAAAGUAUUCCAUCGAGCCAUCGUGGGAUUGCAAGUUUGAUCACAUCGAGGUCCGCGACGGGCCCUUUGGCUUCUCGCCCAUCAUCGGACGCUACUGCGGCCGGGAGAGCCCCACGUACGUUCGCUCCAGCGGGAGGUACCUGUACAUCAAGUUUGUGGCCGAUGGCGAGUUGGAGGCUAUCGGCUUCUCAGCCCGGUACAAUUUCACGCCAGACCCCGAGUUCAAAGGUUUGGGCCAAUUGCCAGCAUUGCCGUUUUGCGAGUUUGAGCUGAGUGGUCCAGAAGGCUUUGUGGAAUCGACUCAGAUAACCAGGGAGAAGCGGGCCUUGCCAACAGAGGCCGUGGACUGCAGGUGGUACGUGCUGGCCCCACCGAGAGCCAAGAUCUACAUGCGCUUUCUGGAGUAUGAGAUGCACAACUCCAAUGAAUGCAAGCGUAACUUUGUUGCCAUUUAUGAUGGCAGCAGUUCGGUGGAGCACUUGAAGAAUAAAUUCUGCUCGACGGUGGCGAAUGACGUGAUGCUGACAUCCUCUUUGGGUGUGGUAAGGCUCUGGGCAGAUGAGGGAAGCAGGAAAAGCAAAUUCAAGAUCCUCUUCACCACUUUCCUUGACCCGCCGUGCGAAGGAGAUACUUUCUUUUGCCACAGCAACAUGUGCAUCAAUCACACCCUGGUUUGCAACGGCAUCCAGAACUGUGUGUAUCCGUGGGAUGAGAAUCACUGUAAAGAGAAAAGGAAACCCAGCAUUUUGGACUCUCUGGAUAACACCAACAUCACGAUCAUUGCCGUGACCUGUGGCCUGGUUGUCAUCCUGCUCAUCAUCUCUGUCAUCAUCCAGGUCAAACAGCCACGCAAGAAAUACAUCAUCCGCAGAGAUGACAUCGACAAUGCCCUCCUCCAUCCAGGGCUUGAGCCUCCUCACUAUGAGCUCUGCACUUUACGACACGUCCCCUCAGGGGACCUGACUGAUGCUGCAAUGGGCGACGAAUUUGAGAAAUCCCACAAACUGCAUCGAUCCUCCUCCAAAUGCAUUCGCGACCACCACUGUGGUUCACAGCAGGGAAGCAUGCACGGCAGUGUCCAGGGUAGCCGCAGCAACCUGAGCUUGAGAGAGGCCGCUAAUGAUCCCGAGGGCGGGGCACUGGCGCCCCAGCGACCACCGGGGCUGGGGAGCCAGCAGGCAUCACGGCUCUCCCACCACACGACCCCGACCGGCCACAGAAACAUCUUAGCUAUGAAGCACAGCUAUUCUCAGGAUGGGGGCGAAGGCUACCGAGAGGCUGAUGAUUUCAUGAUCUAUGAGGGCCCAACAACCAGCGGGCAUCACAUUCACCACCAUCAGAUCCAUCAUGGCAUGCCAGGGCUUGACCACACUGUUCACCGUACAUUGUCAAAUGAUUUCUAAGAUGGAAAAACCACAAUGUAAUCCUCACAUCUGCACAAGAAAUUGAUCUGGCUAUUGGACUCAUGAGAGUAAAACCCUACCUUGUGAUAAUUUGUCAUUAAAAAGGUCCCAAGCCCUUUGAAUCCAAAUGUUCCGCAGUUUUAUGCAUAACAUAGGUCAAAAGGAGUCUGUGGUCUGUUUGACACUAAGCGGUUUUACGACUAGAAAUGUAUUUCUUUAUUUGCCAUCAACAAACAUUUGAAGAAAAAAAAAAGAUUAGCAAGCAAAAAAGUAUAUUAUAUCGCUAUGAACCUUCAGACGCCACAAGACACUACAGUACUACCGUUCAGAGCAAAGCUUUUUUCCCAUAUUCAAAUGAAGGACAACGGAUAAGAGCAAAAUACGUCCACAUAUUGUACAUUACUGUUAAAACACUGAUUUAAAUCAUAUUUUUUGGGUGGUGAAUUGAAGAGAAGUACAGUAUUUAUCGGUUUGUGUUUAAUGGUGGUAUAUAUAUUUUUUGUACAGUAGUGCAUCCUUUUCCUUUUAUUUGUUCGUUAUUGUACAUUCAUAACAAACAAAUGCAUCCAUAUUC